AUGAUCAGAACAGUGAAACCAAAGAACGCUCGUUCCAAGAGAGCAUUGGCCAAGAAAGAGGCUAAAUUGGUGGAGAACACCAAGCAGGCAUUGUUUGUGCCUGGAGGUUCAGGCAACAAAUUCUUGCACGAUGUCAUGGUGGACUUAAUGGCGUUGAAGAAACCCGAGGCCAAGAAAUUCUCCAAAAAAAACGACAUCAGACCGUUUGAAGACGCCUCUGGGUUGGAGUUCUUUGCUGAGAAGAACGACUGCUCCCUCAUGGUGUUGUCCACACACAACAAAAAAAGACCCAACACGUUGAUUUUCUCGCGGUUCUUCAAUCAUAAGGUCUACGACAUGAUAGAGUUGUCGAUCCAGAGUGACCCCAAGCUUUUUAGCGAUUUCAGGAAAGUCACGUUCCCCGUGGGCUUGAAGCCCAUGUUCACUUUCAACGGCCCGGCCUUCGACAGCCAUCCUGUGUACCAGCAAAUAAAGUCGUACUUUUUGGACUUCUACCGUGGUGACGAAACCGACUUGCAGGACGUGGCUGGAUUGCAGUACAUCAUAGCAUUGUCCGUUGGUGAGAUCGAGGACCCCAACUCGCUGACUCUUCCUCUAUUGCAUUUCAGAGUGUACAAGUUGAAGACUUACAAAAGUGGACAGAAGAUUCCCCGUGUGGAGGUUGAUGAGAUUGGCCCCAGAUUCGACUUCAAGAUUGGCAGAAGAACGACGCCUGCUCCAGAUGUCGAGAAGAGCGCGCUUUCAAGGCCUAAGCAAUUACAGGCCAAGGUCAAGAAGAACGUGACUACAGACUUCAUGGGAGACAAGGUUGCCAAGAUCCAUGUGGGUGACCAGGACUUGAGCAAGAUGCAAACAAGAAAGAUGAAGGGAUUGAAGGCCAAGUAUGACCAGGUCGACGAGGCCGAGUUUGACGAGGAGGAUUACGGAGUAGAGGAGUCUGAGAACAAGAGACAGAAGGUCUGA